AUGGCUGUUAAUAUCUUAGGAAAAGCUUUCAAAGGCAAAGAAGUCGUGAGAAUUGCUUUAGCUUCGAAAUUUUAUGGCAUCGGUCUAAAAACCUCCGAACAACUAUGUUCAAAGUUAGGUUUCUUCCCUUGGAUGAGGAUGAAUCAACUUACUGAGCCAAAUAUUAUGUCUAUUGCCAGUGAAUUGUCGAAUAUGACUAUUGAGGGCAGUGCAAAGGCUAUAGUUAAGGAAAAUAUUGCAUUGAAGAGGAGAAUUGGAUCUUACCAAGGUCUAAGACAUGCUCAAGGACUACCUGUUCAUGGUCAAAAGACUAGAUCUAAUGCAAAGACUGCAAAGAAAUUGAACAGGCUAGAUAGGAAACUAUAG